CUGUUGUUGAUAAUGUGAGAGAGCUGCUUGAUGAACACAGUACAAGCACCGUGUGACUGGCAGCAGUUCUGGCCUUUUUAUUUGAACUUAGUUUUAUAAAAUUAUAUAAAUGACUUAAUUCCAGUAGUUAUGACGGAAAUAUUUUCAUCUUUGUUCGGACAAAACGAUGCACAGCCACCCACGGGGCCAGCGGCUUUGGGGUUCGCCCCCGGAAAACCUCCGCCGCCUAUGCCGCCCAACCAAGCGCCUGUGGCGGCUCAGAUUCCAGCACAGCACGGGGAUGAGGGGCCUACACUGCGAAAACCUGGAGCCAUGAACGAACCUUUCUAUUUACUACGAGAACUGCCUGUUGGAAACGACCUGACGGGAAACACGAACCUGAUCACGCACUAUAACCUGGAACACGCGUAUAAUAAAUUCUGCGGCAAGAAAGUGAAGGAGAAACUGAGCAACUUCCUACCAGAGUUACCAGGUAUGAUAGACUGUCCAGGGGUUCAAGAUGGCAGCUCUCUGCGCUCUCUCAUAGAAAAAAAUCCGGUCUGUGGAAACUCUUUCAGUCCACUGACAGGAGCUCUACUCACUGGAUUUAGACUACACACUGGCCCGCUUCCAGAGCAAUACAGACUGAUGCACAUACAGCCGCCAAAGAAAAAGAGCAAACACAAACACAGACAUCAUCGGCCGCAGGAUCCUCUACCACCAGAAACCCCUUCAGAAUUAGAUCCCAAGAAGAAGAAGAAAAAGAGGGAUGAUGACCCUGAUCGCAAGAAGAAAAAGAAAGACAAAAAGAAAAAAAAGAAUCGACACAGUCCUGAUCAUCCUGGUCUUACUGGAUCUCAAACCAACAGCAACAGCCUGAGAUAGAACGUGUGUGUGUGUGUGUGUGUGUGUGUGUGCGUGUGCGUGUGUGCGUAUGAAAGCAUGUUGAACAGUGUUAGAGACCCUGAUAUGGACCAGUGUGUUUGACUGAUGCUUACAAAGACUUGAUUGUUGAAGAUGUCUGCCAUUUUUUUUCUGAAUAUAAAGAAAAUCUGAAUGAAUAAACUUUGUUCUUUA